UAUUAUCAGCCUACCAUAUAUAUAUCGUCUACAUCUAGCGCACUUCCUGAUGUAAUUUCUUAGGACUUUUAAAAAUCGCUUCCCUUGGCAUGUGGGAGGAAUCCUAACUAACAACUCUGUCUUACGCAAUCCGCCCUUUGAAAACAUCUUGUUUAAAAAAAGAAAAGAAAACGCUCUUCUGCUUUCACUUUGUCCGAGUUCCCUUAAAGUUAGACCACUCGGCACGCACGCACGCACGGUGACCGCCCUGUCCACCGGAAAAAAAAAACAGGCAUGGAGUUAGUUUCAAAAGUGUCGGAGUGUGUUAGCCCGGUCCUCAGCGUGGCGCUAGCGCUGUACGAGUGCUACAACGAAGUCCAGGCCAACAAGGAGCGCUGCGGUCGCCUGGUAGCACGAGUCCAGGUCGUGGAGAGCGUUGUGAGAGCCGUGAAGGAUGAAGACGUGGAUAACGAGCAGGUACGGCGCGCCCUGGCGGACCUCCAGGAGAUCCUGAGCUCGGCGCUGGAGCUGGUGCGAAAGCACAGAGACGCGCACUGGUGCAAGCGUGCCAUGAAGGCCAACGACCUGAAGGAGGAGUUCGGCGACCUGAAUGAGCGGCUGAGUCAGGUGUCUGGCCGGCUGGCCCUCUGUCUGCAGCUGGAGGUCCUCAGGGAGGUGUUCGAGGCCAAGCGCAGGCAGAGCGAGGACCAGCGAGACGCAGAGAAGGACCAGCGGGAGUGGCGUGAAAAAGUGUUGCCUCUACUAGAAGGGAUGGAUGACAAAGUAGACCAAAUACUGCAUGGCGUUAACAACCUGCUCCAGGGAGGGAGAAGAGAGAAUAAGGGGGACACAGUGGAUAGAACUCAAUCUGAAUCCAUUAUCAACAAAAACGAGAUGGACAUUCUUCAGAGUCAGAAAUUGUAUGAAACUUCAGUGUCCCAGUAUAAGGCUCACGUCCGCGAUAAGUUCGGCACGGUGCAGGAGUACAACUCGCGUCCGGGGGCGGAUUACGUGGUCCUGACGGAGCGCUACACGGACCUGGUAAUCGUGCAGAAGCACCGCGAGCAGAGGGAGCGGGAGGAGGAGAUCCGCGUGCGAGGGAGGGAGCUUCUCCACAGAGUCUUCACCCGGGCCAGCAAGGAGUACCUCUGCACCAGCGUGGACCAGCUCUUCAGCCCCAGCAGCAAGGGGGGGGAGGCCCCCAGAGCCGUCAUCCUCCAGGGACAUUCGGGAUACGGCAAGUCCUUCACCGCACAGAAGAUCAUCUACGACUGGGCGUCUGGCAGAAUGUACCAGGACAGCUUUGAUCUGGUGUUCCACCUGAAGGGGAAGGAGCUGAACAACAUGAAGGAACACCUCUGUCUAGUCGACCUCCUGCUGCAGCAUGAUGAGAUCGAUAGACCCACAGUCUUGAAGGUGCUGCAGGAAGCACCACACAAGGUGCUCUUCCUCAUAGAUGGCUUCGAUGAGCUCAGGUUGGCACCAGAGGAGGCUGGCUUCAAAUCCUCACUGCCAUCUGACCCUCAAACUCUGGCGAGCGUUAAGGUUGUUUUGGCAGCACUCUUGAGGGGUAAGAUGCUGCGCAGGUCCUCCCUGCUGGUCACCACCAGGUCCACUGCACUAAAGGCUCUUAGUGACAUGCUGAAAGAGCCUCAGCGCUUCACCGAGAUCCUCGGGUUCUCCGACAGAGGUGUGGAGACCUACUUCCGGGCCUUCUUUGCGAGGGAGGAAAAUCCAGCGGUUUGGAAGAAGGCUCUGAGGCAUGUGAAGAACAACGAGACUCUCCUCACAGCGUGUUUCAUUCCGGUCACCUGCUGGAUUGUGUGCAACGUCUUCAAAGACGUGUUCAAGAACGAGAUGGACAUGAUCAGAGGCCUGGACACCAGCACGUCCAUAUUUGCGCACUUCGUUUUCACGCAGAUGAAGCAUCACGGGGCGGAUCUCGAGGAGAACGAGUGGAGCAGCCUUUUGAGGAACCUGGGUCAGCUCGCAGAGGACGGAAUCCUCAAGCAGCAAGUUCUGUUUGACGAGCGUGACGUGAAGCAGCUGGUGUCCAACCACCACCUCGUCCCUUUCCUCUGCAAGUUCUUCCUGAGGAAGCUCAACGUUGUGACCAAGUACAGCUUCAUGCACCUCAGCUUCCAGGAGUUCUUCGCUGCCCUCUUCUAUCUGCUCAGCGGCGUGGACGUUGCGCGGGAGAAAGUGAAGGAUAUCCUCCAAAGGGUCCAGCAGGGUCUCAACGCCACUGACCAGAAGUUGCACAUGAGCCACCUGCUGCCCGUCAUCCAGUUCCUCUUCGGUUUUUCAAACCAGGAAGUCACGGCAACCCACGAGCUCCACGUUGCUCCUGAAAUCCGCCUGCUGCUGGAAGAUUGGAUUCACCAGCUGAUCAAGGAUGAGGAAGGGCUCCCCAGAACCCACAACGUCCAGCUGUUCAUCCUACAGUGCCUGUACGAGAUUCACGAGGAGGACUUCGUGCGGACGGCCAUGGGUAUCUGGAACAAGAUCAACCUGGACGGGGUGCCCCUGAAGAGGACGGACUGCAGCAUGCUGGCCUUCUGCGUUCGCCACUGCAGCACCAUGGAGCGGCUGACGCUCACGCACUGCAACCUCACCGCCGAGAAGCUCAAGGUCCUCGUCGAGGCUCUGGCCAAAAGCGCCGAGCUAGGGUUGGUGGUGGAGAACCUGGGAGAUGAGGAUGUCGAUGAUCUGACCAGAGCACUGGGACAGGACAAGAUCAUAACAGACCUGCACCUGAAAAACAGCAGCCUGUCCCGGGGGAGCGUUCUGCAGGUCCUCACUGCCCUCACGGCCCAGAGGAGAGUGGACACCCUGCACCUCAAGCUGAGGGUUCCCUACGAGAACGCCAUCGCACCGGUCAGCAUCACGGAGGACGAGAGUGGAGAGGACGUGUGUGGCAGCUGGACUGACACACCACCUGAGGGGAAACCUGCUGGCCUGGACAUCACCCUGGAGAGAAAGAUGCACAGCACUGACCCUCCCAAAGGCACACACACACUCACACUACGGCAUGGGGAGAAGCUUGGCCAUGCCGCUUCAUAUGUGUCUGAGAUCUUCAUCAGCCAGUUAACCUCAUCUGAGCGCUUCAGCAACACCUGGACACACUUGAUAGAGACUAUUCACACGCUAGGAGACAGUUCUGUAGGUGUUUCUGAGCUGGUGGAUACUCUGCAGAGCUCUCUGCUCCAUAUUCCUGAUGUAAACAUGGUGGAUCUGAAGCUCAGCUGCAUGACUGUGGAAGUGGCUGCUAAGAUCCUCCUCUUCUUCCAGGCCUGCCCCACUCUACACAGUGGAAGGUGUAAGCAGGCUGAGGAUGCUGGGGAGCAGGGUGGGAGUCUCUGUUCAGACCUGUCUCUGAGAAGGACCAGUGACACUCUCCAGUUAAAUGUAAAGCACCUUACUGGAGACCUGCUCUCUGAUGUCACACUCGUCAUGGCAACCCCCUCGGAGGAAUCUGAAUGGACCACUGUGUUCCUGAACCUCAGCUCUAUCAGUGGACUGCCAGAAGGUGUUGAUCUGUCUUUCCUGCAUGCUGUGAGAGGGCUGCAGAGGCUGAUGCUGCAGGUGACCUGCCUGACUGACCAGUGGGCCACCGCCCUUGUCUCUUUAGUCCAGACCCCUCUCCCCUCAUGUCUAGAGUACUGCAGUCUCCGAGUGGCCGAGUCCGACCUUGAAGCCCGUGGAGACGACAUCUGCUCUUUUCUUAGUGUGGAGACGGAGGACAGCAACGUUGUGCUGAUGGUGGAGUACAGGAAGCAGCUGAAUCCGCUCAGAGAAGCGCAGAUCACAGACGUCGCCCUCGCCAUGUCACACUCCCAGAUCGCCAGCUUCCACUUCCACAACAUACACACACUCAGAGAGCUAGACGCCGGAACACCUGAGUUUGUGGAGCAGGUGUCGUCCGUCCCUGGCCUUCAGAAGAUCAAACUCAUCCUCAGCUGCCUGACUGAGAACUGGGCAGCGACACUCUGCUCUCUCAUAAAGAACUGCCCCACGCUGACCAUCAUCACGGUGGAUGCUGGAGAGGGUGGGGAGAGACUGCUGCUGGAGGAAGGGGUGCGGUGCCUGCAGGACGGAGUACUCGCACUGAGGGAAACUCAGAGUCCGCAACUCACCCUCACACUCACAGUUACAGGGAGGAGAUGUGCUAAAGCUGUGUGCGCAGACCCAGAGGACUGGGGGCGGAGCUGCAACCGCAGAGUUCAGCUGCAAAGCUGCGCACUGGGGACCUUCACACACACACACCUGGAGGAGGAGGAGGAGGAGGAGGAGGAGGAGGAGCACGCCACCAGCACACACACACACCUGGAGGACGGCAGGCGGGAGCAGGAGCAGGGGUCAGCUGGGGAAAAGGGAGGGACCAAAGAUGAGGGGGAGGGGUCUGAUGGAGAAGAGGGAGUGGCUAAAGAGGAGGAGGAGCGAAGACGUCUGAUGAAUUCAACUCAGAAAUCACCUACUGGGGGCUCCAAGUGCUGCCCAAGUAAGUGUGAACUGCAGUGAGAGCUGGUGCAUUCCAUCCUCAGCCCAUAGUGGAUGUGUCCUACUCUACUCAGCCCAUAGUGGAUGUGUCCUACUCUACUCAGCCCAUAGUGGAUGUGUCCUACUCUCCUACUCAGCCCAUAGUGGAUGUGUCCUACUCUCCUACUCAGCCCAUAGUGGAUGUGUCCUACUCUCCUACUCAGCCCAUAGUGGAUGUGUCCUACUCUACUCAGCCCAUAGUGGAUGUGUCCUACUCAGUUGAAGACAUGUUUGGACUGUGUCGGACUCCCUUACACAUUGAAGUCGCGUAUGGACUCAGGUCUGACUCAGGGGCGCUGCUCCAAAUUUUGGGCCCUAUGAAGGAAAAUCAUUUUGGACCCUCCAAGUGGCAGGGGGGUCUGGGGGUCUGCCUCUGGGGGUAUGCCUCUGGGGGUAUGCCUCUGGGGGUAUGCCUCUGGGGGUCUGCCUCUGAGGGUCUGCCUCUGGGGGUCUGCCUCUGGGGGUCUGCCUCGCUGGAAGGGAAAAUGAAUUAAUGGUGGCUUCUGGUGAAUUUUGAGGAAACUAAUUGAUAAAUUAAGAUAAAUGUAUUUCAUACAUUACAACAAUGACAUAGAACCAUUCAUUUUGUUCAGUUUAUUAACACGUUUUGUUUAUUACUUAAACAAAUUAUAAAAAGUUGACCAACUUGCUUAGUCUAUAUUAGCAGGAAUGUGACCUGCUAAGAGUGCCGCAGAAGAGCUCUUCCAGUUUAUGUUCCAUCAAAAUGAUUUUGGAAACUCUUUGGGGGCCUUUAAAUGUACAGUAUGUGUUAAUUUUUCCACAAAGAGAUUGUUUGAAUGUAUGCCUUAUUUUGUGCAUAAAGAUGCUGUUAAAAUGUA